AUGAGGAAGCGAAUUCAGGCACACUAUUUGGCCGGACUUGCUGCACUUUCCGAGCCUACUACGAGGCAUGAUGCCCGAAGAGGACCAGCGACAAGUCGCCCAUAUGGAUCGAAGCAUAUCGCCCGAGCGAGGUGCUACAGGCUUAAUUUUUUGCGCAAAAAAUCUGCGCUGCUUCAUCCGACGUUGGCGGUUGAAAGGUACUUUUCCUCGUGCUUCCGCGGUCGAAGCCUCGAAGUGGAAUCUUCGCUGCGAUUACCGUAUCAGCGGUACUCAAAACUGUCCGCGGUCUCUGCGUAAAGGAAAUCAUGAGGAUUACGACAACUUCGACUUCUCGUGAUGCGGGCAUGAGUAAAAGCAAGUUGAAGCACUGCAUCCUUCGUAUUACGAAUCUACUAGAAGUAAUUUUUUUGUGUUUGUGAUGCGGCCAUCGCCAUCAGGAUCAGCUAUGGUUUCUCAUAUCAGCUUAUACUUACAUCAUGCUGCACACCUGCAGUCAAUGUCCCCGCUUCCUGUUGCAUGUUUCCCCGAAGGAACAACAGAGACUGGCAGAUUUGCCUUCGAUAUGCUCGGGUUUCUGUUGGAAGAGCUGCAACACUAUUUGACACUGGGUCGGAAAAGAGCGCAGCAGGAGCAUAGCGCCUCCAGUGCAGCAGCACCCGACGAAGCGAAGAACAAGCCAGUGCGCAUUAUUUCGACCGGUAGAAGUCCGGACCUGUACCAGCACCUGCAGCGGCACGUUGUAGGGAAGAAGGGCUACUUCACACCGAGGUAUUUCAAUGGCUCCGUGAAGUGGGAGUUUGAGCUGCAGCACCCGAUUUCAGAAGACGCUUUCUACGCCUCGUGCUUUUUGCUGCCCUACUACUUUCCCGAACUGCUCGUGGACCUGAAGAAGCAGACCGGGCUGCGGCCGCAGGUGCCGGAAAAUUUCCAGCCCAACGAAAAGAAGCCGCACUCGUCCACAUUCGGGGAAUCGGCGAAGGAGCACAAGAGCCAUGCGGUGCAAGUCGACUCCUCGGGCCUGCACAAGGUUUUGCAGGAAAUCGGCGUUGCGGACUUCGGACAACAGGUGUUUGACUACUGGCCGGAGCUGCAGUGCCACUUCUUUAAGUUCUUGAGAAAUGCGAGCCGAAAUUACGAAACCACACGAACUAGAACCACAUCAGAAGUUGGACUUCUACCCGAACGCUGCACGCGGAACAAGCCGACAUCAGUAGAGCAGAAUCCGUCAGCAGGCACGGCGGGCAGCGUAGAUCGACAUCCUCCUGAGGUGUCAAAAAAAGUCCAAGACACAACCGAUGUUGAACCACCUUCUUCGCCGAGGACUGCAGCGGCCGCAAAACAAGCCGCAAAACAGGCCUUUGCAGCGAGCACGUUUGUCGUGUCGCGCACCCGGACGAAGGGUAGCGAAUGGCCACUGCUGGACGACGCUGUUCACCGUGGCGGAAAGAACUACAAACCCUCGGGAGCAUCAACUGCAAAAGUCGACACCAACAAUUCUGCGACCUCCACCUGCUCGCCAAGAACUGCCGGUGGUCUUCCAGACGGAGAAUCAUGUUCGGGAACAAGCUCAGGGACGCCUUACCACCCAACGCAGUUUGAUCACAACGCCUGGUUCCGAACUACGAGGGAAUACAACGAUACCAUCCGGCAGCGCUGGGAGAAGAGCUGGAAGCCCUUCCUAAUCAAGCAGAGCUUCUUCUAUCCGAAGCAGCAGGAUCACAACCGCCAGAGCGGCAAGUCGUGGGGCUACGCUGCCGCGUCGACGAACAAUAAUAACCAGGGUUUCGUGGACAGCACAAAGAACACGUCAGGUGGAACAAGUGGCUGUACGCAAAAUCCGCGACCGGUGCCCGGACAGACGGCCAGACUGCUACUGAUCGUCAACCAUGCGAUCGGCGACGCAAAUGCGCUGCAGCCCCUGUUGAAGACGUUCUUGCAACUAAGCAAGUUUUUCCAAAACUGGAUUUCCGCAAUGGAUCAGGAAAAAGAAAGGGUUGCGACGGAAGUACGCAGUUUAAAGCAGAAGUUGGAGAACACCUUAGUCGAAAGACGAGCCAAGGAAGAAGAGUGUGAGCGCAAUCGCGCAAAAAUUCGAAAGGAGGAUCCACUUCCGAAUGAUCCCUCUGCUGGAGCGAACAGAGAGAGCCACGAACAAGAUCCGUGUUCUUCUAAAGCGGGGACCUGUCAGAUUUUUUCAGCGAGAUGCGAAGGUGCUGUUGACAGAGAACGACCGCCUCUAGAAGUAACCGCCUCUGCGGUACCGGUUCGACCAACCUCUGCGCAAAACGAGCCCGCGUCGCUUCAUCCCAUCACGUCCGCAAAACGAAAGAACAAAAGAACUAGGCCGCACUGGAAGAAACCGAAGCUGCCGCGGAAAAAGAAGCGUCCGAAGAACCGGCGAAAAAAGCGGCAGCAGCAAAAAAAGAAGAAGCGCAGACGGAAAUUGCGCAAAAAACGGCGCCAGCGGCAGCAGCGACUCGCGCGACGUGCUUGUUGUAGGGAGGCAAAGAUUUUCACGGGUGAUAAGAAACUCGAUCAUUAUCCGCCGGUGGUGCAGGAACAGACGCACGGCGAAUGUAGUUCGGGCUCCUCCCCUGUUGCUGUUGGAGGACAAGUACCACCCCGACCUCCAGGCACAGCUGCUUGCUCUCCAGACGACCUCGAACUCUUUGCGCAGGAAAGUCGCAGGUCCUUGCGGAGACACGUGGAAAGCCUGGUAGAUGACGGUCCCUGGGUCUUUUACGACGGCGUAGAAAAGCGGCACAUGUUGCUCAGCUUCGAGUUCAUCUCUACUUCUGGUGACAACAAGAGACGACCAACAAAGAAGGGCAAGACACUGAAAAGUAGUAGAUCAGUUGGACCCCCACCAUUAUCCGAGGAACAGGCAGUAGAUGGUGCCGUAGAAGCAGCUCCAGUGGCGGUUUGUAGUUCACCGAACUUGUAUUCUUGCGCGGUGAGGAUGAAAACAAUUCCCCGUCCGGGUGAAAAUAAAUCGAGCGAUGGUGGUGCAACGGUGCGCGUUGGCGGUAUCUACGACUUCGCGCUUGAGCCCGAUGAUGUGCGCGGUGUUGUGGAAGAAAAGGAUGGUACAAGAACUACCUCAUGCAACGAAACAAGAAGUUGUGCGUCCUUCGUCGCUGUUGGGCGUCUGCAAGAGCCGGACUCCCCGCGAGCCAAAAUGGCGCUGCGCCUCCCACACCGCAUCGAGUGGCGAGACGAAGAGGCGUUUGGAAAUCAGGAAAAAUGCGACUGGUCUCCUAGCCCUCUUCACGACCACCCGGACGGGCAGGCGCAGGGAAAACCGCAAAGCGAAGCUGCAUUCGCACCAGCAAGAGCAAAGGAGCACCAUUCCCCGUCGACGUCAUCGCAGGAACAGCAAAAAAGCAAUGUGUUCCUGGUUCCCUUCGUCACGGCGGAUUUGGAGCUUGAUGCGGACGUUGAUCGGCUCGCAGAUUUUCAAUUGCUGUUCACAAACGCCGCUGCCGGAACAACAUCGUCUUCGCGCGACUCCAUGGCACGGGCCAGCAAGAGGGCAGCGGCCUGGAGAAGAAAGGUGGAUACGCUAUCGACAAGAGAGCUGAAACUGGAACUGGAAAAACAGUCUCCGGGGUUCUUGGAGCGAGCCACGAAGACGGACUACAGCACGGGAGUCGACGACGUGGCAGACAGCUCGUGGAAACAAAAAGAUGAAAAAAGCGGAAAGCCGGUCGUGCGAAAGAUAACGAACCCAUCACGAGUACGCAUUGCAGUUCCGCCCCUGCCUACGAUCUCCACGUUCGAUGUCCUGGAGGAGCGGCUGAAGAAGGGCCUGUUUUGGAAUCACGUACAGAACCACAGCCUGGGCAACUCCCAAGCCAUGCAGCUGGCCACCGCCGGUUCCUCGUCGUUGACGCCGUACCAGCUGAAGCAGGAACACAUUCUGUUCAGCGACGCUGCCUGCGCCUACUGGGCAGGACCCCUGCAGGUGAAGGGGUGGGGCAUGCAGUUCUUCCUCAACAUCGAGCGCACGGCGAUGGUGCUGGUGAAGCGCGUCUCGAAAACCUUCCAGAUUCCGGUCGACCACAUUUUGUGUGCCGUCAUCGGCAUCGCGUACUACCAGUCGACCUUGGCGACCCACUGGUACUACGAAAACGUCCACAUGCGGAGGAAAGAGAACUGGAUCUACCAGCCAGCUGCCCCCAUUCCUUCAUCUAGACAGCAGCCUCCCGCGGAGGUGGAGCCAAAGGUCGGCGGAACAACGGAGCAGCCAUCAUGGGGUAGCACAUGCACAUCAAAUAAACUUCUUUCCGACAGUAAAGCUAAAGAUGCGGGUUCUGCUGCUUCCCUUGUCGGAUCGAACCCGGAACAAACUGCGGAAAUAGUAGAUCAACAGCAUUUGCUUCCAACGAUUCUUGAGGCGGACCAGGUCGUGCAGGAACUCACAAAUAAAUCGAGUCCUGCACAAGAACCACGAGGGCAAACCGCAUCGAACCAUGCGAUGCAGCCUCACUCUGGAAUAAACGACGACGCUGGCACGAAAGCACAAAAAUCAAACGACGGCAAAAGGCCCGGUGAACAAGAUGUUGAUGUUCGGCAAAGAAAUAACUCUAGCACAGGACCUGCUGUUGACACCAAGAAGACGCAAGGAAGUUGGGAGCCGCAGCAAAACUGGCGGUGGUCCUCUUCACGGAGGAGCAGCUACGACGAGUGGAAAUCAGUGCAUCCCAAGCAGUGGGGUUCGCACUUGGCGUAUUACGUCAACGAAAAAGAGUAUCUUCCCUAUUCGAUCAGCAGCGAUAACUUCGAGAAGCUAAAGCCGCUGCACUAUGCCGGGCGGGAGAUGCUUGAGAACCAGCAGAAACUAGCUGAGCAAGACCGCGAGGAAAUAUUAAAGGGCCACGACAACAGCAGUGUAAAUGAUCAGGUGCGGCAGGGCAGCUUUUCAAAUGCGCAGUGGCCCUCGCCACCCACCGCUACAGAUACUCUCAAACAAGGCAUUCUUCCGUACCGCAUCCUGGUUCCCAACCGAGACGGCGCGAACGAGGAGGAGCUCGUCGCAAUAUCAGAUUGCACGACUCUCACCCGCCGUCAUUUCAUGCAGUUCAUGAGCAGUAACAUAUUUGUAAGAGCCGGCAAAUGAUGUAGUUUCAUCGCAGUGCACAGUUCUCGCCGCGGAAUAGCAAUCUGUCAUGGAGACAACGUAACAAGGCGGAGAGAGACUGUAUCAUGAUUUGAUUUGAUUCUGAUUGCCAUGUUGCAUGACAAAUGAGGGCGAAGAUGAGCCGUUGUGCAACUUCAUAUUCAAACGUGGUCGUUGACAGGACCUUCGAGUUGAAUCUCCGAUCGAAGACCUACUAUGGUAUUCGAUCACUUUAAGUUUUUCAUUUGCGUGUAGUGAAGGGCCACUGUUCCAUCGGCACCCAAUAUCUUCAAGUUGUUUUAGAUUGCCGACAUUUGGGGCUAUUGCUUGUGACGAUGAAGAUACCUAAUUAUAACUUUGUUUUGUAAUGCAAUCUUCUCAAUGUCAAUCUCACAUAUCUGAAGGUGCUAUCUCCGAGUUGUCGCAAAUCCUCCGGGACCGCAGUUGGAAGGCCCCCGCAGCCACAGAUCCGUGGCUGCACCAGAGAAUCAGCCUGAACAUCCGGCCGGCGGUGAAGGAAGUGUUCCCUGGUGUCACUCAAGUCCUGGACUGGGCGCACACGAAACCGAACCCGCGCAAAAAUCGGAAGUGGUGCGAAGCCCCGCUCGAUGCCUUCGUCGACGAACAGAGCUCGGGCGAGUGGACACUGCAGAUGGCGUUGCGAGAGGGAGUUUGCGCACCCGGCUUCACGCUUGCCAUGCAUUUUUUCGAGACCCUCCAGCGGCUCGCGACGAAUCCCUUUCAAGAAAUACAGGUGCCGAGAACCAACUGUUAGAGCUGAAGAUCAUUCCGCAGGAGCAAAUAUUCUUUUCCUGCUGUCAACCACGUAAUUGCGUUAUAGAGAGGGGCUUCGCAAGUUUAAUUUAUAUCAUCCAUGAAAGAGUUCCAGUCGGUACGCUUCUGUUUUAUCUUCACGUCAGAGGAAUAAACGACUAAUCGAGCUGCUCUUUUUUAAAUUCUAACCAAAUCCAAACCAUCAUUUUUAUAUCGUGAUAAACACUAAAUGCAGCAGUCCGCCGAGGGGCACACUGCCAACAUCAUCAUCGUCAAACAUUUGCUUUUCUCUGUUGUUUUUAUAUCAUGGGCAACUGCUGGUGCUGCGCUACCAGAUCAUGAACUUGAAAGGCCGCAUGUGCAUGCAUUUUCUUAGACACAUGCGGUUUUCGGUGCCAUAAAUUUUUUUCGGUCCGCCACUGCAACACUGCAGCAGCAACGCCGAGUAUUGAUUCUAGUUCGUAAGAACAUUAUUUCUGCUAACGAUUUGGAAGAAAAGGAAAAAAGCCCCACAGGAACGUCACACCGGAACAAAAGAGGUCACGAC